AGGAACAAAAACAGUCUUGCAGUGUUGAAGCUUGAUCAAGAGAAAGAAAUCUGAGUGUCUACUCAACGAGAGAAGAGAAAUCAAAAUCUAAUAGAGCAUUGCACGAGGGAUCCUUCAAUACCAAGAAAUGGAGCUGAUCGUUGUUGAAUGUAGCAAGAAAUGCCAGUGAAGCGAAGCGCCUUAUGGACAUCGCUAGUGGAAAUGAACGGAGUAGAAUUUCUUUCGUGGGUGGCCACGGUUACCACCAUUGGCGUUUUUUUGGCUGGCUGGCGUAUGUGCGCGCAGAUACGGAGGCAGUGUAGCACGCAGAAUGUUAUCUAUUUCCCUUUCGUAGCAUGCUGGUUGAAUUGUGUGUUUUGGCUUAAGUAUGGCAUUCUCCUUGGCGACCCGGCCAUGAUCAGUGUUAAUAUCAUCGGCAUCAUCUUCCAGUUUGCCUAUAUUUUCUUCUACUAUUAUUAUGCAUCCGAGGAACAGAAGGCGGAGAUCGUUCGCAACUGCUUCCUGUGCUUCCUGCUGGCGUUUGCCGUCCUUGGUUACGUGCGUGCUCUGGUGGAGGACUGGGACACGGCCGUCAGUCACCUGGGUGUGGUGUGCUCGGUGUUCACCGUGCUCAUGUACGGUGCACCGCUCUCGGCCGUGAAACGAGUAGUCAAGACGCGCAGCACGGAAUGUCUGCCGUUUCCGCUGUGUGUGGCUAACUUCCUGGCGUCUGCGGAGUGGUCUCUGUAUGGCUAUUUUAUUGGCAGCAAGGCGGUCGAGAUUGCCAAUGGCCUUGGCGCUCUAGUUGCGGCGCUGCAGCUCGGCUUGUUUCUCGUGUACCCAAGUCGCACUCACUACGACCUGUCGACGUCUGCCCCGCCUGUAUAAACAGCUGCGGCGAUAGUGCCGCAGCAGUUGUACAUGCUAAUAAUCACAGGCUGGGUUUUUCCCUUGUACAGAGGCAUUUUGGAUAUGCUCUGGGAUUGCUUGGUAUGCCGGUGACGAUCCUAGUAUUGAUUUUAUUCGCCGGGAUGGAUUGUCUCGACAUUCUGUAAGAUAACUCUCGCGUCGUCGCUAUUGUAUACAUCGGCGAUCGCGUGCCUGUUGACCACUGUACAUACUCCGAAUAAUUUUAUGCUACCGCUGUAUAUUCUCUCGCAAAGCCGCUCUUCAGCCUUGAAAUCUAUUUUAUUUACUCGCACUGUGCACUUUCUUUUCAUGUACACUUUCUGAAAUUCGAAGUUUCAAUUUUCUGUUA